AUGUCCACUUUUUUCGCUCGCAGCUUGCUCCGUGAGCGAUCAUCCGUCCUGGCCCACCGCUCGGUGGUUUCAAAUCGUCGCACCCUCAUGACUCUGAAAGAUGUCAAGUACACUGCGCAUGCCGAAGCGCGAGGCCAGGGACGCAAUGGCCAAGUGAAGUCUGAUGACGACUGUGGGCUCGAGCUGCGUCUCGCUAUGCCGAAGUCUCUUGGCGGUAAAGGCGAUGGCCAGAAUCCGGAGCAGUUGCUUGCCAUGGGUUACGCUGCAUGUUUCCUGAGCGCCCUUCAGAUGGUGUCAGGACAGAUGGGAAGGAAGGAGGCCGCCAUGAAUGCUGUCAUCCGCACACAGGUCCACAUCGGCCAGCCAAAGGAGAUGGAGGGAUUUGGGCUGCGGGUCGACAUCCAGGUGGAGGGUAUCCAGGACGAUGAGCUUAUUCAGGCGGCACACAAGCUGUGCCCGUACAGCCGCAUGAUGAAGAACGGUGCGGAGAUCCUCGUCACGAAAACCUGA